AUGCCGGCCCUGCUGCUGAUCCUGACCCUGCUUUCAGGGCUGGCUGAUGGAGCCAGCCUCCAGCCGGAACCAAUGAGCCACCUAGGUGUGUGCCCCAACCAGCUCAACCCCAACUUGUGGGUGGAUGCCCAGAGCACCUGCGAGAGGGAAUGCCAUGUGGAUCAGGACUGCGGAGGUUUUGAAAAGUGCUGCACCAACGUGUGUGGGCUGCGGAGCUGUGUGGCCGCUCGCUUUGCAGACGGGAGCUCGGCUGCCCAGGCGCCGGCCGCCACCUGCGAAAGCUUUGUGUGCCCCCAGCAGGGCUCCGACUGCGACAUCUGGGACGGCCAGCCCGUGUGCAAGUGCCGAGAUCGCUGUGAGAAGGAGCCCAAUUUCACCUGCGCGUCAGACGGCCUCACGUACUACAACCGCUGCUACAUGGACGCUGAGGCUUGCCUCCGGGGCCUCCGGCUCAGCGUGGUCCCCUGCAAGUACGUCUUCAGCUGGCCCCACACCAGCCCAGGACCCCCGGAGACUACGGCGCCCCCCACCCCCGGGGCAGCUCCCGAUGUGCCCAUCCCGCCAGCUCUCUACAGUAACCCCUUCCACCAGUCAGUCUAUGCCGGCGGCACGGCCAGCUUCCACUGCGAUGUUAGUGGCCGCCCGCCCCCAGACAUCACCUGGGAGAAGCAGAGUGACCAGCGGGAGAACUUCAUCAUGCGGCCGGACCAGAUGUACGGCAACGUGGUAGUCACCAACAUUGGUCAGCUGGUGGUCUAUAACGCCCGGCCCGAGGAUGCUGGGCUCUAUACCUGCACCGCCCGCAACGCCGCCGGCCUCCUCCGAGCCGACUUCCCCCUGUCAGUCAUCCAGCGGGAGCCCCCGAGAGGGGUGCCCCCAGCCCCCAGUCCGCCGCCUCCCGCUCCGAGCGAGUGUCUGAAGGAGCCGGAUCGUCAAGCCUGUCAAGGCAACAGCGGCCGAGUUCGCUGGCACUUUGAUGCCAAAAGGGGCGGGUGCAUCACCUUCCAAGACUACGGCUGUGAUGGGGGGAACGGGAACCGCUUUGAAACGUACGAGGCCUGCCAGCGGGCUUGUGCCCGGGGGCCCGGAGACGCCUGCAUCUUGCCUGCUGUGCAAGGUCCUUGCCGGAGCUGGGAGGCUCGCUGGGCCUACAGCCCUCUGCUUAAACAGUGCCAUUCCUUCGUGUAUGGGGGCUGCGAAGGCAACGCCAACAAUUUUGAAAGCCGGGAGAGCUGCGAGGACGCGUGCCCCUUCCCUCGUACACUGCCUUGCAAGGCCUGCAGGCUCAAAAGCAAGAUGGCGCUGAGCCUGUGCCGUAGCGAUUUUGCCAUCGUGGGACGACUGACGGAAGUGAUCGAGGAGCCCGACGCUGGCAUUGCCCGAUUUGCCUUGGAGGGCGUGCUCAAGGAUGAUAAGAUGGGCCUCAAGUUCUUCGACACUAAGUAUCUGGAAGUGACGCUGACCGGCAUAGACUGGGAUUGCCCCUGUCCCAACAUGACGGCCGGGGACGGGCCGCUGGUUAUCAUGGGGGAGGUGCAUGACGGCGUGGCCGUGCUCCACCCUAGCAGCUACGUCAGGGCUGCCAGUGACAAGCGGGUGAAGAAGAUCUUAGAGCUGAUCGAGAAGAAGGCCUGUGAGCUGCUCAACCGUUUUCAGGACUAAGCCUGGGCGCCUGCAGGGGCCCAGGCGGGAUUGGGCCCUGAAGGGGCGGAUCCUGGCCUGGCCCGGAGCCUCCUCGUGCCCGGCUCAGCCUGUACGCUCCGGAGUAGUGAAUAAA